AAACAAACCCGCGUAAUAUCGGACGUGUGGAAGUUCGUUGAGUGUUGGCUCUGUAGUGUUGCCUGCAGUUUUAAGAUAGAUUUGGUCUUUUCCAUAAAAUUAUCACACUGAUGAGGUAGAACACUGUAACAUAAAGCCGUUGAAACAUAGCACACAUCUAGCAAAACUUUUGGCAUUGAGCAUAAUGGUGAGGGGCCAAGACACUGUGUAAAUAGACUCACCAUCCUGAAGCCAAUUGCUAUGAAAAGUAUGGAUGAAGAACAAAAAGGAAAGAAGAUCAAAGAUGUAAUUCGAAAUGAAAUUGAAAAGGAGUGUCUGCAGUCCGUGAUUGAUCAGUUAAUUAGGGAUGUAAUUCAAGGAGAGCUUGCAGAAUCAAAGGAUGUGGAUGCAGAUGCUGUUGUGGGGCAUUUGUUGGACUCCACAACAGUGCAGUCAUUGAUAGAGAGAUUAGGUGUUAUGAACCAUAAGUCUCAACAUCUGGUGCCUACUGCAAUAAGUAUUCCUCAGAAUAUUAAAGAUCAGAUGCUUGAUGGAAGACAAUAUCUGUAUUUGAAAAUAUGUGGUGGAAGAGCCUUCAUAGACCACUUGGGAAUUAGUAAUUCCAGUGGGCUUCACCAGUCUUCCUUUGUCAUCCAUGUGGCACUUCAGACUCAGAGAUUUAAAACUCCUCAAAUCAGCUGUGAAUGUGACCCUCAGAUAUCAGAAGGAUUUCUAUUUGAUCUACAGCAACUGAAACCAGGUUGUGCUGCCAAAACUUUGGAUGCAGUAGAGCUGCUUUCCCUCACUGCACCCAUAACUUUGGUUGUGGUGAAAGAAGGACACGUUGCCAACCCAACUUUAGUCUCUGUUUACACUCUAGAGUGGCAUUCACUUUUAACACAACCAUCAUCAAGUAACAAGUUUGUGUGCCAGUUGAUGGGUAUUGGAGCAGAACAGCAAGUACCAAUUGGAUUAUUGGACAUUGAAGCAAUAUUAUUACCCCCUGUUGAAAAAAUCAUCCCACAUGAGUCCUUUGUAGAACAUAUUCAUAGCACAGAAACACGUCAAGGGGAAAAGCGACGGCUUUUUGUUAGUUAUGCUCGUGAGUGGUGGAGAGAGUAUACAGAGGCCUCAGAGAAACAUAGAAAAAGGAUGGUCAGAAUAUUUGCCAUGGAUGAAUGUGGAAAAAAUAGAUUUGUUUGUGAGUUUGUGAGAGUACUUGAGGUGGGUCAGGCUCUGAAGUCACCUGAGGAGGCUGCACGGUGGGUCAGUGUCCUGCCCACCAUCCUGGAUCAUCAGCUACCUGCAGGUGCUACUAAACCAUGGUACACACUUGGCACUGCUGUUAUGGCUGGCUCACUGAAUAUAGAAGGCAAAUGUAGUCUGCUGUGCAGUCUCCUCCUUGGCUUUGGCCUGGAUGCCUGGAUAUGUAUAGGCACCAAACAGUCAGGACAGCCUCACGUGUGGAUCAUGACCCGGGGACCCUAUGCAGCUAUAACUUUUUGGGAGGCCAUAACAGGUUCACGGUAUUUGCACAGGGUUGGUCAACGUGCUGCUCAUGGCUAUGCUACUAUUGGAAGUGUCUUCAAUAACAAAGCAUUUUAUGCAAAUUGCCAGGUAUCAGAGAAGAUUGAAUACUGCAGCUUUGUUUUUGAAGAUGCCACUAUCUGGAAAAAAAUGUCCUAUACAGCCAUAUCAAGCAUCGUGGAGAAAGAAGUUUACCAUUUGAAGUUAGUGUCUCCUGCAGACAAUGGAAAUGAGAGAAGAAUCAACAUGGAAAUUCAGUUGAAACUAUUGAUAAUGGAACACAGGAAUGACCAUGGCCUGAGUACCCAUUUUGAUGAUCAUCUGAGCUAUGUGUUGACACCUGCUCUGUGGUCUUAUGAGAGAGAAUCCAUAAAUAGUGGUGGCCUUGCUGAAAUCAGAAGUGCAGAGUUUUUUUCUGCUGCACUCAUGAACACUGUGCCAGAAGGAUAUACAUUCAAAGGAUUUCCCCUACAUUUUAUGCAUUCUUCACCAAGACGAGCCUUCAGUGUUAUAUUAAAUUCCAGUAUUGGCCGUGAAAUAAUUGAGGGUCGAGGAGAUAACGUCACCUUGGCUGUACGUGCUGUCACCGCCUGUUACCCUGAGAAUGUGUUUGUCACAUGGGUUAUGGUAGCAUGUACUUUUAGGCAGUUGGGAUGACAUUCACAAAUUUAGUGUAUCCUGAAAAAUUACACAAAUAAAAGAAGAGCUUAAUCA